UAAAUGCGGCUGGUAUGACAGAGAUACGAUGAGAUGAAGAGCUAAAUCUCAAUGCAACGUUUGAAACGCUUUCUUUAUUUCUUUUUCUCUCUUUCGGAGAGCCUUUCACGCAGGGUUUGACAUAUUCUAGCUGUUAUCAGAUUGAUGGGCUACUUUGAUUGAAGUGGCUUUGUCAUGCAAAUGUCAAGCGCGUGAUGGAUGGUCGCCGUGCGCUGACAAACUUCUGAAGGUCCCCUCACCAUUGGCGCCGUGACGUCUCACGUGACCAGCAGCUGAGGUAAAGAUGUGUUAUAGGGAAGCAUGAGCAAAUACUCUGGAGGUAAGCAUUUCCCCCCUUCGUAUGACAUACUGUUGCGAGAUUGCAGAACAGGCGGCUCUCCCAAUCUCUUAGGGUAACCCUCCGCCAUUACUUGCGCAUGGACAAUUCCAGAAAGAACACUUUUUUGGAGUACACAAUUUGUAACCGUGGGACGAUGAACGCCUACUCGCCCAAAGCUGGAUACCACCACUUCGACCAGGCGUUCUCGGCCCCUUUCCAUACUGCACACACAAGUGACAGCUUUAACGCUGAUGGACGACUAUACGUAGGGGGGAGCAACCAGCCAUCAACUGCACAACAUCAGCACCAGAGCGGGGUAUACGCGCAUCACCAGCAACAAACGCAGCAAAGUGGCACUGGCCUCACCUUCGGUGGCACAGGAACCACGAGUUAUGGGACCCAGGCCUGUGCCAACCCGGACUAUGCACAACAACAGUAUUUCAUUAACCCCGAGCAGGAUGGAAUGUAUUACUCAUCAGGUUUUUCAACUCCAAAUGUCGGUCCUCACUAUGGCUCCAUGGCAGGCGCAUACUGCGGGGCGCAGGGAGCCGUCCCAGCCGCACCUUAUCAACAUCAUGGCUGCGAAGGCCAGGACCACCAGCGAGGCUACUCACAAGGCACCUACGCCGACUUAACGGCCUCCCAAGAGAGGGACACGGAUCAGUCACCACCUGGAAAGACAUUCGACUGGAUGAAAGUCAAACGGAACCCCCCUAAAACAGGUGGAUUGCAUUUCCCCGUGUGUGAAACAAGAACAAAUUUGGCGGAAAGGAUGCCCUUCGACCGUUUCGAGAUAAACUGGACUGCAUUUCAUUAAUUUAAAAACGAAAAUCUAAAACAUAAUAGGCAAAUUGCAAAGUUGUAUCCUGUUUCAAUUCGAACAAUUUUAGAAUGGUAAGACCAGACGCGAUUAGAGACAAGUCGGGCCUGUGCACGUUCACUUUAGUUUCAACUCGUCUCCCCCUGCGUUAAUGCAUGGACCAGACAUGCUUUCGUACGCCCUAGGAAAGUGCCCCAACACUGUUAUCUUUAGCUUGUCCCCGGCUCUCACCGCGCAACAUUCGUUUUUGUAGGCCCCCAUUGUGUUCUUAAGCUUUCCUCUCCUGUCCUAGCCGUGUUUGCCUCACAACGAUUGAAUGCUCAAACUCUAACGCAUAGGGGCCACCAUUUGACUUACUAUACAAAUUGACUGGUCAUAAAGCCAUCUUUGGGGAGUAUUGAAUUGCUAUGAGUUUUUACUAAAUUGAUAACAUACUCAAACACGUGGAUUAUGGCAAGGUUAACAAAAGUUUGCGAUACCGAUGAACUUGUUGAAUCCCCUUGUAUGCUACUGUAAUUUAAAUGAUCUAAUAAAUAUAAUAAAGAGACCUGAAGUCCAACACGAGCACACUGAAAAGCCAGUGCUGUGUUUAGGAUACGAGCUAAUGAGAUUGUCAUUAAUUUGUGUUUAAUUGUUUGAUAAACAUCUUUCUAACCAUUCUUUU